AUGUUUUUAAGGUGCACAGGUGGUGAAGUUGGUGCCACAUCAGCUCUGGCCCCCAAAAUUGGUCCCUUGGGUUUGUCUCCCAAGAAGGUUGGUGAUGACAUUACCAAAGCAACUGGUGACUGGAAAGAGCUAAGAAUCACAGUGAAACUUACCAUUCAGAACAGACAGGCCCAGACUGAGGUUGUGCCUUCUGCCUCAACCUUGAUCAUCAAAGCCCUAAAGGAACCUCGUCAGGACAGAAAAAAGCAUAAAAAUAUUAAACACAAUGGAAACAUCAGUUUCGAUGAGAUUGUCAACGUUGCCUGA